AGUCUACGCGCUAGAAUAGGUUUCGCAUAGCGAUUCGUCAUCAGCUUAUUAUCACAGAUAGGUUUCGCCCUCGAAGUAUCUAGGUUGCGACAUUCAGGCGAGGCUGGUAGGAAGCUGGUGUUUCCUCGCAACCGACAUCGAGGUCCAUGGCUCCGCUUAGCGCUGAAAUUCGCAGAGCUCUUCACGGCUCGCGCCUGCCAGCACUGCAUAUCGAGCCUCGCAGAAUCGUCGCUAAUGGCGCUACUAGGUCCGUAACUUCCUCUUCGGUGACGACAAGGGCUGAAGCCGAAGCAUCAGGAGGGUUAUCUUUCCAAAGACGACUAAGAGACAUAACCCGUGAUGUGCCAGGAAAUUCUUUGUCAAGUCAUGAGUCCGCGUCGGAACAUUCGCAGGGGUUCAAUGAGUCACGAAGUCGCAAUGUAGUUGACGAAUUGACGAGUCCGGCUGCUGAGACAGCAGCAGUCGCAGCCGCGGAAGCUGCGGAAUUCUACCGGCAAAUGGCCGCAGACAACAACUGGCGACGAUUAGAGACCCUCUUAAUCCUUCUAGUGGCCUUAUCGUCUCUUUAUUUCAGCCGAACCGCUGCUAUUCUGGCCACGUCAGCAGCUGUUGUCGCCUCCCUGAUAAUCCAGCAUCGCACGUCGAUCCGUCGGCGAACGCAGUUGCACACCCGUCACUCGUACGCGAAGACAGCCAGGGUUACCAGCUUCGCUUGUGUUCGCGAGCCGCUGGCGAAAUUUCCUGAAUCGCUUGAGUUAGCUGCCGCUGAACCGACUGAUUGGUCCGGACAGAUUCGGAGGGUGUUUUCAUCCCCGUUAUUGGCCUCGAGUCAGAUGGGACACGGAUCUCCAUUCGAUUCGGAGGUUGGUGAAUCAAACCGAACCGGAACUGCCAGUCUGCCACAUGGCCCUGCGGAAAACGCGGCGGGUAGUGUGGCGGAUAACGCUGCGGGUACAAGUCGUGCGGGGGGACGUGCGGGCGGUACUAGUAGCGUUCCUUUUGCUGCAGAGUCGAAUCGCAGCCGCGCGAUCCUCCGCACGGCGUCGCAUCCGUGUCUCGCCAUGGCGUCGUCCCUCUCCCCUCUUCCGUCCCUUUCCCGUCCUCCAUCUCUCUCCCCUCGGCCGCCUCUCUUCCCCGAACCAUCCGUCGCCGGUUUUAUCGAUCCCAGGAGGCGUGACAACAGCAGCUGUAGCCCUGUCACUGACUGGGGGGCACCAGCGGCGCCCGCAGAGAGACAUGUCGGAUUUACCUCGUUAGAAAGAACAGCGGAAAAAGCAUAUGACUCAUUGGAGAGAAGCAGGUUCGUCAGUUGUAGGGUUACCACCUCCCCUUUGCCCAUGCCUGAAGACUCUCACACCACGUGUAAUGCUGACGCAGCGACGGCAGCAGGGUCCAGCUCGACAGGCGCUGCAGCAACCGACGACGACGAUUACGCAUGCGUAAGCCCAUUCUUCUCCAGCCCUUUCCCGCUCGUCGGAUCGCAGCAGCAGCAGCAUGAGCAGCAGCAGCAGCAGCAGCAUGAGGAGCAACGCGGAGAGAGCACUGGCGCGGGAACUAGCCUCCACUCCCUCCCACGCUGUCGAUCCGAGGAGUCCGCCGCUCCCUCUGCGACCUUCCGUUCCGCCGCGGGACGCGGAGGAAGUUAUGGGCUGUGCAGGGACGAGGCGAAUGAGUUUCCCAACGGCUCGUUCACGGGGCUUUCUGACGGAGGGAGCGGAGCAACUAGUCAGCGCUCGGAGGGGGAGGGUUAUAUGAGGGAGGGCGUAUUUGAGGGUAGCAGGCGAGAGGACGGUGGUGGAAUUGAGCUUGUUCGGGCUGCGACUGACGGGGUAAUGGAGGCGAGGAGAGCGAGAAAAUUUACCAUGGCUUUUAUGGGUGCUGGGAUGUUCCAUGGCCGAGGGAAGGAGAGGAGAGCGGGCAGGAUUGAAAAGAAGGGAUCGGCCAGGGAGAAGAAUUUUGAACAGGGUGGAAGUGGUGGAGGAAGAGGAGGAGAGGAGGGGGUAGGGAAUGAGGGGGAGAGAGUGGACAAGGGAGGAGGAAGUGUGGUGAAUCCGGCAAGAGGGAAGGGAGGACGAGGCAUUGGGAGCUUGUUUAUCAGCAGCAAGAGAUCACGGGCGGUAGGAGCGGCAGCAGCGGCAGCAGCAGCAGCAGUGGCGCCAGCAGAAGAAGCUCAUACAGGAGAAGCAGAGGCACGAGGAGAAGCAGCAGCAGCAGCAGCUGCGGCACGGGCCAGGAGCAGAAGGAGGUGGUCUGAUGGCGUCAGAGGCUGCAAUCUCGCUGCCUCUGCUGAUGCUUCCGCUGAUGCUGCCACUUCUGCGUCUGUCAUUUCCGCCGCCGCCACCGCUGCUGGUGCUGUGGCUGCGGCUGCUGCUGCUGCUGCUGGGGGCUCGAGUGGCGCUGAGGAUGUGGAGUCUGAGGGCCCAAAGCGAUCAGGAGCAGGCCGAUCUAUCUCGCUGCAUGCCACACCUGUCUCCAGUCCCGCAAGCCUUACCACAGGGGAGGUGGCAGGCGGAAAGAAGGGGAAGAGAUGGGGCAGGAGGGAGGAGAGGGAUGGGAGGGAGGCAGGGAGGAGAGAGGAGGCGGAAGGCAAGGAGGCUGGGAGGAGAGAGCAGCGAAGCAAUUGGGCCAGCGACUCUCUUUUUACACACCUGGCUUCAGUUGGCGAGGUUGAGCGAGGGAGUAGCGUGGAGGAGGAGGAAGAUCCACGUGAGGUGGUGGCAACCUUCUCACCCGGCUCGUGGGAGCAGAGGCACAUCCCGGGCGGACCAGAAGCAGCAGCAGCAGCAUAUGAGGAUGGGACACUGGCACCGAUAUUUUCAGGGGAAGUUUUGGAUUUAGCACCAGCAGCCACCGCAGCAGCAGCCCCAGUCAGAUCAACGGGUGGAAUCGCCUGGUCUGGUGAGCUGGGGCAAACCGCAGCCCAAGCAAGGCGCUUGAACACAGUCAGGAGUCUGCCCCUCCAUCAGCCCCUCACACCUCCACCCUCCACGUUUCCUGGGUUUGGACAGCAGGCAGGCCCGGCCAAUAAGCGACUGACAGGUGUACCAUCCCCUGGGCGGCAUGUGUACAAUCCAGAGCAGCUGGACGGAACAGGAGGAGGUAGAAGUAUAAAGAGGCAGACGGCCCCAUCUCCACCGGUUACUCUCCUCCCCCCAGGCUCCUCCUGGCCUCCCGUUUCCGCCGCCUCAGCGUCUUCCGCCUCUCGUUCUCCGAACCAGACGCCAUCGGGUGCUGCUGCACCUGCCUCCGCUGCCUCCGGGCCGUCUGGAGGCGCUGGGGGCGCUGCUCUCCUGCUGCUGCUUCUGCUGACGCUGUCGUUUCUGCUGCUGGGGAGGGUGGCUGCUGUGGUAGGGGUGUCUUGUGUGCUGCUGCUGGUGGCGCGGAUUGGACAGGUAGGGGGAGGGUGGGGCGGAGAGAUUGGCAGAGGAGGGAUUGGGGAGGUAGGGGGAGGGGAGCGAGGAGGAACUAAUGGAGUGGGGUUGAAAGGAGGGGUGGGGGAGGGGGGAGGAGAGAGCAGGGAGGCGAAGGAGGAGAGGGCGAGGGCGGAGGAGAGGAGGAGGAGGCAGGAGAGGGCGAGGGACGAGGCGAGACAGAGGAGAGUGGCUGAGAUUCUGCAGCACAGCCGGUGUUCCGACCCACGAACCCUUUCGGUGAUGGAAGGGUUUCUGUCUCGAUCCACAACUGCAACCGAUAGAAGGAGAUGAGGGGGGAGAGAGCGAGGCAAGGAGGGAUGCAGGGAUCUGCAGCACGCCAAGGUCUCAAACUAGAAUUUUUAAUAAUGAUAGAGUUAGAGAGUACAUGCACAUAUACCUAAAUGUUGUACCCUCUAGGAGGUUACCCUAUACAGUCUAUACA